AUGCGCUCGCAUCGAUUAACCGCAUUCAUUCUGCUGUCACUGGCAAUUGCGGCUGUUGUGGCAAUGCCACUUAAAAGGCAAAACGCACGCCUACGCCCGCUUGCGCAUUCAGCGCGGCAGGUGGUCGCGACCACAGCACAGCCAGUGCAAGCGAAAACAGGCUACCCGCCGAGCGGCUUUCGACCACGUAUUCCCUUCGAGUUGCCAAAUGAACGCCAGCCCAAAGUGUUACCAGAUGUGACCAGUACGACAGUGGCAACAGCGAAGCCGGAAGAAGCGACGACAACACUGCCAGAGGAGACAGCUAGAACUGGCGGCAUAAAUGUUGAUGUAGAGGUAGUUGUCGAGAGCGAAGGCAAAGUGCAGAAUGACAGACAAGCACCAAGCACCAACGAAAUACCUACUGCUGAUGCAGCACACGAAAUCGAGGUUGUGGUAGAUGAGGUAAACCCAGCGGAUGAAGUGGAGGCCCACACACCCGCGAUCGAAUAUGGACCACCAGUGGAUGAGACCAAUGCGAGCGUAGGUGAUGAUAGCGCAACAACCGCAGAACCCGUCGGCCACUUUCAGCCGCCAAACCGAGAAGCCGAAGAAUUCGGUGCACCCACGCUCGACACGAUCGACACUGCCGCUGGCAUUGAUGCUGGCAGUGCUGCUGGUGAUGCUAACGCUGAUGCUCCCGUUCAGCCUGUUGCUGAUUUUCCAAUGUCAUCAGCGGCGGCAGCGCCCAUCACGCCUAAUGUGGCGGAGAGUGAACACGAUGAUUCGAGCGCUGCGCCAAUCGACGUGAGCGGCGAGUUAGAUGGGCAAGCUGCAGAACAGCAUGAGCCGGCAGUCACCUACGGACCGCCAUCGUCAAGCGGGGCUGAUGAAGAGGCACGAUUACCCGCGGAUACCUAUGGGCCGCCGGGUGGUGCUGACGCUGAUGCUAUUACAUCGCCUGAAGCGGAGGAAGAGGAGUUCGGUGUGGAACUGAACGAAUUGGAGCCUGCGGAAACUUCGGAAGAAGCCGACUUGACAGCAGAGCAAAUCGAAUUGCUUAACGGCUUAAGCGAGCUGCAGAGUGGACGUCUGAUCUUUGUGCCAGCCGAUGGCAGCAAUUUCCGACAGAUUUUUUUCGCAGCGCCUUCGCCACAGCAACGGCGCGCUGGCAGAAAUGAACGCUUUGUACGUUUAUAGGUUAUGUUUUUGUAAUGUUAACUGAUAUUUGUUUUUGUUUGUAUGUGUGUAGUGUUUGUAAUUAAAUA